AGUCGCGAGCCGGCGCGGACUCACACAACAGGUAGCGAGCCAUGCCAACGCCGCGGGCCCGGAACACGCGCCGCUCACCUCGCCUCCUCCUACCGGCAGCCGGGGCCUCGCUCGCUAGUGAAGUGCAGUGCGUGUGCGUGCAGCAGUGCGUGUGACAGCGCGCCGUGAAUGGCGCGACCGCUGUGUUCCUCACCAGUAGCACCGCGAGGGAGGCGCUGCCGCCAUGAUCGUCAGGGACCACCACGUCGUGACGCCGCCGCUUGACAACGCGGACAUGCUCGCCUGGUUUAGUGACGGCGGGCUAGCGGAUUCCGACACGAGUCGCUCCAGGGAAAUGACGGCCAUCAACUCGGGUCUGCACGAGGUGCCGGGGGUGCGUCUGCCGCUGCAGACGGCGAGCUACGCGUCGUCACCGAGCCCGCCGCUGCACGGACACGGGCACGGGCACGCCGUGCUCAUGUACUCGGCGUCCGGGCACGCGGGCGACGCCGUGACGCUGCAGCUGAGCGAGCUGGACGCGAGCUCGGGCGACAAGCUGGCCGGCGUGCUGGCGCGCCUCGCCGGCUCCGAGGACGCGACGCUCUCCAUCAGCCUGCAGGACGCCGCCGGGGAGCUGUCCGCGCUCGCCGACGGCGCCGCCAUCGACGUCCUGCUCGGCGCCUCCUCGCUGCACGCAGCCAACGCCGGUAACGGCGGCGCUACGGCGACGUUCGACCUGUUCGACUCGGAGAGCGCGCACGACCUGACGCUGUCGCCGCAGACGUUCACGAGCUCCACCGAGGCGUUCAUCAACGACAACUCGGACAGCCUGGGGGUGCCGGGGGACACCGACACAGUGGGCAGCUCCGAGGACGCCAAGGCGGCCACGCCCGACUCCAGCAAGCUGGCCGUGAAGAAGGCGCGCCCCAAGGCAUCGUCGCCCAACCGCCAGGGGCCGCAGCAGUGCCAGGUGUGCGGGAAGGUGUUUGGCAACGCGUCGGCGCUGGCCAAGCACAAGCUGACGCACAGCGACGAGCGGAAGUACGUCUGCGGCAUGUGCGGGAAGGCGUUCAAGCGCCAGGACCACCUGAACGGCCACAUGCUGACGCAUCGGAACAAGAAGCCGUACGAGUGCAAGGCGGAGGGGUGCGGCAAGAGCUACUGCGACGCGCGCUCGUUGCGGCGGCACACGGAGAACCACCACACGUCGGGCAGCGGGGGCGGCGGCGCCAGCAGCAGCAGCAGCAGUAGCAGCAGCGGGGGCGGCGGCGGGGGCGGCGCGGCCUCCGCGGAGGCGGCGGCGGCGUCCCCGGCGGCCAGCUCGUCCUCCUCGUGCAUCCAGUACGCGCCGCCGCCCGCCACCACCUCCGCGUCGCCCGCCGCCGGCAGCACCUCCGCCCCCGCCAAGGGCGGCGGCAGCCAGCUUCAGCAGCUGCUCGCCUCCGACCCGGCCUCCUCGUCCACUCCUCGGCCCACAACGCCCGCCACCAACUCGUCGUCUUCCGCCACGUCCUCCAAGGCGACGAGCAGCUCGUCGGGCAACGACGGCCUGACGAAGCAGCAGCUGGAGCUGAUCCAGCAGAUCAUGGAGCAGACGCAGCAGCAGCACGCGGCGGCGCAGAAGCAGCAGCAACAAGCCAAGCAGGAGGCGGCGGCUGCCAAGACCCGCUCGUGGGCGGCGCAGAGCUCGGGCGGCGGAGGUGGAGGCGGCACCGGCGGAGGCGGCGGAGGCGGCGGCGCGCCGGGGGCGGCGGCGAGCCGCGCGCACCACGCCGGCCCGGACCCCAAGCCGGUCGAGUGCAACCUCUGCCACCGCAAGUUCAAGAACAUCCCCGCGCUCAACGGCCACAUGCGCCUCCACGGAGGAUACUUCAAGAAGGACUCAGACUCCAAGAAGUGCGAGAAGAAGGAGAUUCCGGGUCCUCCCUUGCAAACAGCUAGCAUGAGUGUGAGGGCGCUGAUUGAAGAGAAGAUAAUUCAGAAGAGAAUAGUGCAGCCACCUAAUAACGCAACGCAGCAGCAGCAGCAGCAACAACAACAACAGCAACAGAAUCAACAACAGCAACAGCAGCAGCAACAACUGCAGCAACAGCACCAACAACAGCAGCAGCAGCAGCAACAGCACCAACAACAGCAGCAACAACAGCAACAGCAGAAACAGCAGCAACAAUCGCCCUCCACAGGCUACACAAGUAGCGGCGCGGGUUCCGGGACGGAGGCCAUGAGCGGUUCGCAGCAGCAGCAGCAGCAGCAGCUGGCGGCGGCUUCUCCUGCCGCGUCGCCCUCGGCCGGCGCUAAAGACGGCGGCGACCUGGCCAAGCAGCUGACGGCGUCGUUCGCGGUGCCGGCGCCGCCGCUGCAGCCGUCUGCCGCCUCCGCCGCCCCCGCACCGGUCGCCGGCGCUGCCUCCGACAAGCUGUCCCGCCGCCACUCCGACUCCGAGCACUUCGUUACGCUCCACCAGCAGCGUGACGCCAACGCGGAGAAUGCAGCGCUGGCCGAACUGCUGCUGCAAAGGCGGUCGUCCGGAACCCCUACCUCCAAGGCGACGGUGAAGCGCGCUGCGUCGGAUCCGGGGCAGACGCUACAACUGACGUUCCAAGAGGGUGGCAACUGCAACUAUCUGUCGUACGACGCCACAUCCGCCGGCGCCGACGACGCCGGGUACUUCUCACCUUCGCUGCAGGACGACAUGUUCCAGCACGUCUCCGUCAACGACACCAUGCUGCUGCAAGGUGUCGACACGGCGCAUCUGGCGGACACUAUACAGUUCCAGGCAGCAUCUCUGCUCCAAGAGCAGACAACAGCAGAGCAGUUGCAGGACAUUGCAUCCCUUGAGGACUACCAGGCAGCCGUCCAAAAUCCUGCACAUUUCCAUCAGCAAAGUCAGCACUCUGUCCAUUCAGCUGAUCUACAGGCUGUUCUCAAUUCUCCUCUGCCUGUGAGCCUUGCUGACUUUGGUGCUUACAGUCAGCAGGCAAUAGUGACAUCAUGCUCCCCAUUGCCGAAGGAUCUUUCAUACCACGGUAGCACAGGAUCAGCGUCAGCAGCACAGUCACCUCUCCAUCAUCCUCAUAGUGGUGGUGGCGGCAAUGGAACCGGGGCAGCUGGUACUGGGUGUGGCUCAUCCCAGUAUGCUAGCUCUCCCCUAGCAGCAGCAGGUGCAGGCACUGUGCAUUCACCACUACCAUCUCCUCUCACGCAGCAUGAUUCCCCGAGCUUCACAUAUCCGACUCCACCUGCCAGCCAGGAGGGGCAGUCACCAUCUUUUGGCCACAGUCACGGGUCGCUGGUAACGAGCUCAUUGCCACUAUCUUCACCUCACCAACAACAGACAUCUGACUUUGUACAGUCAGUCAUUGCACAUGGAGGUCACGUUCCUCGGGUUUCGUCACCACUUUCGGCAGCUUUCUACACAUCUACUAUGUCGAGCUCAGCUGCUGUUGAAGCUGCUCUUUCAGAAGUAUUGCCUGGUGAAAGUGUGCAACAAGGAGCUUGCCUAACAAGUGGUACUUCAUUGCGCACAUCUUCCCUCGGGCUGUAUCAGUCUCUCGUUAACCCAUCACCUCCGCCACAAUCUCCUCUGUCAGCGACUACACCUGUUCCGUCCCCACUUUCUCUUUCCAGUGUGCCCGCAUCAUCAUCAUCAGUAUCAUCUCCGCUGCCUCCUUCCGCUUACACUCCCACCCAAAAUACACAGAUAUCUUUCCCCUUAUCACCUCAUCAUACCCUUCAGUCGCAGAUGAUGCCAAACUCUGAAGACCCACUUCUCUCCAGCAGCCCGAAAGACUUUGGGAGUAGAAAGAGGUUUGAAUUUGUCGGUGGUGGUCUGCAUCAUUCAGCCAAACUUGUCAGCAAUGGUACUUCAGAUUUUACCACAGGGAAUCCUUCCAAUGGACAAGUGACAGGAAUUGUGGUGGACAGUAACGGUGAACUUAGAUUUGUACAAACUUCAGGUGGUCAGUAUCACAGCCAAACAAAGUGUGGGACAAUAACUGGAAGUGGUGCUGUAGUUAAUACAAACAUGACUGUGAUGGGUAAUGGUGGAACAACUACAGUGUACAGGAAGACAGAGUUGGAAGUGAAUAAAGUGCGAGUGCCAACGAAGUGUGCUAGUGUCUCGAACAUGGGUCAUCAAAAUCACUAUCAAGCACGUACCAAUGCUCAAAGAUCUAGACUGCAUGUUGCACUUGAUGCUGUUAAGGAAGAAGUAGACGAUGAUGUUUUUCUUAGCCCCACUAGUGUUCCAGCAAGUCCAGUUCGUAUGGUUCGUAAACGGAUGCGACCAGAAGCACUUGUGCAGAAUAGUCCACCGAUUCAUAUGCCAUUGUCAACUUACCAAUCGCGGCUGAGGGCACCACGGGUGUCGCAGUGUGGCAAUUCACCAUCAUCGGCUCCUUCGUCUCUGCCAUACACUCCUGCACCCAUGCUUAGCCCAACACGACCUGGCCAGGGUCUGUACUGGCAGAUUACUGCAGCAUCUGCAUGGCCUUCUUCAACAACACUUGGUAGUACUAAAAGUGGCAGCGGUGGAGACUCGCAGAGCUCAGAGGAAAGUCAGCAGGGACUGCCAGCAGUCAGUAGUGACAAUGCCCCAGAAUCUGAUGUCACUCCUCAUAUUAACAUUGGUUCACAGUUCCAAUGCACUAUUCCUUCAUGGAAUCCUGACAGGGAAAAAGCAAGCAGUGAACCUUCCCAUGAACAUUUGUUAUGGGAUCCUGGAAUCAGUUCAGUCUGUACUGAUGCAGAAGUUGAAAUGUACCUUGAGUUUGCCUGCUGUGCUGCAGUGCCAGGUGGUGGUCGUAAUAAGGAGUAUGCACUUCAUUUGCUUCAUAUGUGUAAUGGAAAUAUCCAUGAGGCAAUGCUGAAACUAAUGCAGCCAACUCCAGCCUUACCUUCUGGACACCCACUUCUUGCAUAUGAUUACAAUGAAAGUGACCGAUGGAGUGCAGAAGAACUUGAUAUGUUCCAUCAAGGACUGAUUAAGUAUGACAAGGACUUCAGAAGCAUAGCAAAUGAGAUUGGCUCAAAAUCUUUAAAACAGUGUAUCCAGUUUUACUAUUUGUGGAAGAAGGUGUGCCCUGAAGAGUACAAACGGAUGCGCCUAGCAAGGCGUAGACAAAAUUCGGAUUACAAUGGACGAGUUGAUAUGGAGUUUGAAGAUAUUAGGGCGGAAGACUCGCGGAACAGUAUUCCUGCCAAUGAUGUAGAGUUAGUAUCAACAAGUUCUGAAAGUCGGCUAUUUGUCUGUGAAUAUCCUGAUUGUUCAGCUAGCUUCAACUCUCGUGCAGCACUGAAUGGCCACAUUAGAAUACACGGCGGUGGAGUCUGUGGACGUUCUCCUACACCAGACAAACGACCAUCUGCCAGCACCCCUCCUACACUUGCAGAUAUACUUGAGGAAUUUCCCUGCAAGAUUUGUGGGAAAGUUUUCAAUAAAGUCAAAAGUCGUAGUGCUCACAUGAAGUCUCAUCGUCCUCCGGAUGCUGAGCCAAAGAAGCCUAAGCUAGAUACUAACAAGAUGGAAGCUGCUGAACAUCUUUUAGUUCGGUCUCUGGGAGUAACUACAUCAAUCGGUCUUGGGAGACACACCUGAGCCGUAACUGUUAUGCAGUACAAUCAUGAGGUGUCAAACAGAAGAAAUAAUAGUUCACCCACAAGUAAUUUUCAACAAUUGUAUAUGGAUUGAACAGUAUCAUCAUGUAACAAAUGUUAAAAUUCUUGUAUAUAUAUCUUUCAGAUACUUUUAUACAGCUGAAUGAAUAUACUCUCUUGCAAACACACACACACACACACACACACACACACACACACACACACACACACACACACACACUCACACACAUUUCUAAAUAAAUUAUGUUUCAUGCUUUACAGGUUUUCCAGAUCCAUUGUUUAAAUCCUUCCCACUAACUGUAAAUAAACUAUGUUAUUUGUAAAGAGUCUUAUCUUGUUUUUAAAAUGGAUAGUCAGAUUUUCUGCAGCUGGCAGAGUAAUAAUUACCAUGCAGGCUUAAGGUAAAUACUCAAUUACUUUGUGGGUGAGCUAAUCUACAGUAAUAUUUUGCAUAAUAUGAACUGGAGCAAUAGUGAAUGGUUUAUCUUCUGUAAAUAUUAUUUAUUAUUGUGCUUAAUAUUGAUAUAUUGUUGAAAAGAUAAAUGUAAAAUUGAUGUUUUAUUGGAUUUCAUGGUACACAUCAGGGUUAUAUUCAUGCAACUAGCAUUAAGUAACAUAUCAACAAAAAAGCAAUUGAAGUGACAUUCCUAGAAGUGUACUUAGGAAAUAACGUAUUGUGCCAUUUUGGGAUUGGCAGUGCUGUGAAGUGUCCACUUCUGAAACAAAACUCAAAAGUGAGUGGUCAAAUACAUAGUUCUGUUUUCCUAUACAAACCGGUAUAGAGCAAGGGAGAAGGCUCCAAAUGGAACACCGUAUAGUGAGUGGAAUUACAUAACAUAAAAUGUGCUCAAUGAUCGAUAAUCUUUUUGUCUUUCUUCUUCAUUGUCUGCUUUGUUUCCAUUAGAAUUUUGUAUGCCAAAAUAAGACAAAUAAUGUACAAUGUGUCUUGCCUUGUCACUGUGUUCUCAUGUUUUCGGCAUUUAUUUCUAAGUUCUCUGUAUUCAGUGUGAGAAGACCAAUACUCAUGCAUUACAUAAAGUAUAGUAGCGAAAAAAAAAAGAAAAAAAAGAAAGAAAGAAAGAAUUAAAACUGUGAAGCCUCAGUACAUGCAUCAGUGUGCUUCAAUUCUGUAUAAAUGCAUAAGAGACGAUAUUAUUUCACAGGACCGCUGAAAGAAAUGGCCAAUAAGCCAAACAUAAUUUAUUAACUCCGGUGCAAGGCACGUGAAGCCUUGAAUGACAGUAUUAUCUUUAAAAACUAGUGUAGUGUUUGGGUUCUUAAUACUCUUCGCCUAAUCUGCUUUGUUUGAAAUUAUGGCAGCUAGUUCUGAUUACUGAACUUGUGUGUGUUGUUCUGUUGUUACAGUUGGAAAGGAAAGUGAAGAUAACAUGAUCAUUGUUCUGUUCUUAUGUUCACUAUUUUUUAAUCUUUUAUAUACUAAAGUGCAGAGCAAUUUGCUGUACUGUGUAAAGAAAAGUGCCUUGUGACUGGGGAAAUGCAAUCACAGAGAGGGGAUAAGGUACAAGGUUAUUGUCAUAAAAUGUUUUCCACACAUGGCAGCAGAUAAUUGUACUUACGAAAGCAAUAGACUAUAUAAUAUGUAUGUGUGUUCUGAAUGCAUGGUUGUUAGAAUAUAUGUGUGUGUUUUUAUAUUCAGUAUGUUCCACAAGUUCCUUAACUUUCAAACUGCAGAUGUUUAAGAAAUAUUAAAUAAUGACCUAUGGUAUUCUUCUGUUUUAUACAUGUGUUUAUCAAGAGGUUUAUUCCCAGUUUGGACGUUUCUAAUCACUUUUUAACUAUGUUAUACAUCAUGAUGUAUUAAAGUUUUAAAAUAAUCAUCACUGUACUAUUUCAUCCAAAAUAUCCUACACAGGUAUUAUAUUGAGCUUGGUAAGGCUGAUGGACACAGACGAAGGUGGUAAUACACGAUAAACUCUAAAUAAAUUAAAUUAAAUGAUAUGGAAGCUGGGGUAAAUACAAUGUGCUGUGUAUCAUAGAACCAACCACUGCAGACACAAACAAACAAAACAUACUGUACACGAUAAGGAAGUCCAUGGCAUUACUUAAGCUACAGUAUGUUUAUUUUAGUGGCAGGUUAUUUUCACAGUAUGAAUACCUUUUGCUGUGUAACUCUGUUCAUUUGUAAAUAAUACAAUUGGAGUAUGAAUGUCAGGGUAAGAUACAUGUUGUUGUACAUAAUUCACCUAAAUUCCUUUUAAAAUUUGCAGAAUUUCAAAAUUAGGAUGGAUCACAACUUGUUAAACAAUGACACAUUGAAGUUCCUUGGAUUUUGUUUUUCCUAAAUUUUUAUAAAAUUUAUUUUAUUGUGAACACCUGAUCCAAUGAAGUUAAAAUUCAUGUUUAACAUAUUCACCAAAUACUCUAUUAUUGAAUUUUUCUUUUCAAAUGCAAAAAAAAUAAAGAAAGAUAGAACAUCGUGUUUAAGAGCAAUUUAAAACCAAUGGUAUUUGUGAUACAACUAAACAAUUGUUUUCUGACAUUCCAUUAGAUACCUCUCAGCACUGCAUGACACAUAACUAGAAAUCUAUUUGAUGUUCUUUAGAGCCCUACUCAUUCCGUAAUCAUCACUCUCCAAACUAAGUUUCUGUUUCUAGUCAAUAAACAGAUUUUAUUCUCAUUAUUCUUUUCAGAUAACUGCAAAAUUCGAACAAGAUCAAAUUAUGAGUAUGUUCACCUACUCCCUUGGACACUAAUUUCAUUGAGGGAGAUAAAAAAUAAAUUAUCAUAAGUUAUAGAAUGCCUUGCUUCAGUAAAUAUUGUAUUGUAUAGUUAUUUCAUUGUCAAUAUGAAAACUUGUGAUUCAUCUGAGGAGAAGUAGUGUGUGACUAAAUAGGAGAAGUAGUGUGUGACUAAAUUACAUUUAUGUCUGAGUUGUGUUGGAGCAGUGAAACACUUGCAGUAUUCUGAAGAGUCGCAUUGAUCUGAAAAUUUAUGAGAAGAAUUUUUGUAAACAAUAUUUUCUCCAACAGUUUAUCUCCCAUUUCUUUAAUGUCAAUGGAAAAUUAAACUGUGAUGCACCUAUAAUUUUAGUUUAUUUAUUUGCUUUAUUAUCUGACAUAUAUUUGAAAAAUAUUCUGAAUCUCUUAUUGAUUUGAGUUGCUACAUGUAUUAUCUGAUGUUGCAUAUUUCAGGAGAAAUAUGAUCAUUUCCUGUGUUUUAAUGUCAACAUAAUUCAUCUUUCAUGAAGCUAACUAGUGAUUUAAAAAAACAUUAUUCACACAGUCAAUAGUAUGUUUGAACUGUAACAGAUUCAGUUUCACUAUGAAACAGCAAAUACCACAGCUAGUAAAAGAAGUUUCUUUACUGGCAAGAAUGAUGAUAUUUGUAAAUGCUGAACAUAAUGAAACAAUUAAUGAGCCUUUUUUUCUAUAAAGAUUUUACCAUUCACAUAUCCAAAUUUCUUGUACAUUAACAGCAAUAUGGAAAGGUUAAAUUGUUACUCGCACACAGAGGAAACAUUUACUUGCAGACAGCUGUAGUGAAAAAACUGCUAAAUAAUUAGACUUUUGGACAAAGCACAACUCACACACAUGGUCACUAGUUACAGGUGCUGGGAGAGAGUGGCAGUGUGUGUGUGUGUGUGUGUGUGUGUGUGUGUGUGUGUGUGUGUGUGUGCUUAUGUGCAUAUGUGUGUGUUUUCUUGUUUUCUUUUUUUGGAAUAAGGACUUUGUCCAAAAUUGUAAUUAUUUUAGUAAUCUUUUUCAUUGUACAUGUCUCUGACUCAGUGCCUCUAUGUGGUGAGCAGCCAUCUGUUAAUAUUGUUGUUGUUCCAUCAUGAACUUUCUUAGACAUUAGGUGGUGUAACGAAGUAGGUACACAAAAGCCCACUGUUGUUGACUGAACAAGAUGCUGGUCUGAGUGAUGAAGGGGUAACAAGAAGGGUGUGAGGAAAUUUAUCAUCUCUUAUCAGAUUUUCAUGGCUGCAAUGUUAUUGUUUUCUUUUGUGCUGUGCAUUAACAUAAUUACAGUCAGCAGCACUAGAAGUUGUACUGAUUGGUAAGAAGUCUGUAGGAGAGCAAAAAGUAACAUUGGUCAAGAGAACCUAUCAUAUACUGCUUUAAAUAAAUAAGAAGUUAAAUAAAUGAACAAGUUUUUGUUUCAGGAAAGAAAUAAUCUUUUAAAACAAAAUAUAAAACACCUUAAAUUUGAAUAGAAAUUUUUACCAUGUCAUUUACAUGUGUGUAGGUCUGCAGUGGAAAUUAAUUAUUAAUUAAUUUUUGUUGGUCAAUUUUUCACAAGGCAUGUCAUAAAUUUAUGUGAGUGUAGACUCAAGAACAUAAGAGAAGAAAGUUGUACAUUUAUGUAUUUGAUUUCUAAAAAGACUAAUAUGUUCAGAAUGGUUGUCCAGUAUGAAAAUUACAUGCAACUGGAAACAGCACUCAAAGAUAGAGGAUUUCACCAUCAGGUAUUUUGUGCUCAAAAAUGUAAGUAUCAAGGAUGUCAGUUCAUAUAUCUAAAACCUUUUGCCCAUGACUUAAUCCUUUUUUAAAUAACCCGAUAAUAUCUUGGUUUUCUGCCCAUUCAUAAUGAGUCUGAUGAAAAUAAUAAUUUUUAUACAAAUCAGUUAUAAAUUUAUUCUGAUUACAACUUUCAUCAGUGGUAGACUGUUGUGACAAAAUCAUUGAAAAUGUUUGCUACAGUAAUUAUAUCACACCACACUGACUCAGGUCCUGCAAAUCAGGAAGAGCAGUAAUUGAAAUCAAUCUGACAACUGUAGAAAAAUGCUUAAACAGCCAAAAAAUUAUUGUUUUAAACAAGGAGCAGGAACAAAAUGGUGCAGUUAACGUGAAACGUUAUUAUCAAAGCUAAAUGUUUGAGGAACAAUUUGUUUUUUAAAUCUCUACUUUGUCCAUGAGCCAAAAAUAUUUAGUGACAGACCAAUCACGCAGCUGAAGUCACCGUAGUAUGACACAAUCAUAUUUUGACAAUAUGUGCUUUGUAUUUAAGUAAUUUGUAUGAAGAAGAAAAGGACAAUAUGCAGAGAAAAAUUGUCAGCCCUUAUUGUGUUCAUUCUUCACUGACAAAAAUUAAGUAAAUUCAUUUAUUCUGAUUUCAGUAAAUAUUCAUACAUUACUGUGUGAGACUGCAUUAGAGCAAUAAAAAAAAUUACAAAGUUGCUUCAAUAAACAUUUACACUCAUUCUACAGGCUAUAAAAGUAAGAAGUCAAAAAUAUUUAAACAGAAUUUCUCAUUAUGAAGUAAAUUUUAACACUUCCUGCUUCAGAAGAAUGUGCUGACGACCAGUAUAGUCUGAUUAAAAUAAUGUAUUAUUUUUUAAACUCAAAAUAUCAUUGCAGAAGAGGUUUAUUUCCAAGUGAACUUUGCUGACUUAUCAGAUAUGUAACAUUUGAGAAUACAGAAAAGACAAAUCAUUCUUAAUUUGAAAGUUUUAGUUUCCUUUACAUGUAACUGCAAAUUAUCAUCAAGAACAUUAAAAAAAAUUUAUACAUACUUUAACAUAUAAUUUACCUUUUAAUAUAGUCCUCCAUACUGUAAAGACUGUCACACUCAACUGUUUAUGACAAGUAACACUAAUGAAGUAUCUGAGGCAUGUCUUUUAACAAUAAAAAUUAAUUACAACUUCAUACUUUAUUAUUGUUGUAGAAUGUUAUGCAUAUAACAUGGAAAUUUCACACUAAUCGUGUUACUUAUAGUUGAUAAUUCUCCAGAAAUUUAAAAUUAUUUUUGUAAAACUCAUAGUGUCAAGAGACUUUGUUUUAGUAAAUGAGUAGUUAUGAUGCUGGAAAUAGAGUUUUAGUUUCAUUACAGGUUAUUCUUUUCUAUACAGGUGAAAGUACACCUUAAAUAUGGUAGUGGAAAGUUCCAGUAUGAUGUAAUUUAGGGAGUAAAGGCAUCAACUGAGUGAUUAUUAGAGACAUUGAGUUGUAAAAAGGCACAUAACACAUAACCAAGACUGGGAACUUUUAUUAGUAUCCAGAAAGUUCCUUUUUUGAGCUAUAGUGGCUGGAGGGGAGAAGGCGAAGGGGGUGGGGGGAGUUAAAAAAAAAAAAUCGUUCUCAAGCUAGUAAAGGUAAGAGUCUCAUUUUUAGCACCAUUCGAAGACUGAACACCAUUACUAUUUGCUGACUUUUUACGUUUACUCCAUAAGUUAUUUACAAAGUACAAAUUAGUUACAAUUAAUGCCAGUAUGAAAAAAUAAUACCGUACAUUUCAUCUACAUUUAUAUCAAGCAAUGGAAAAUUCAGGAUGGAAUGCAACAAUAUUAUGAAAACAUACUCCACAAGCCACCAAUGUUGCAUGGUGGAAGGUACCUUGUACCAUUACUGGUCAUUUCCUUUUCUGUUCCAGUCGAAAAAGGAAUGAGAGAAAAAUGGUGGUCUGUAUGUAUACCUCUGCACAAACCCUAAUCUCUCUAAAUGUACAUUUUGAAUAAGAAACAUGAAGAUAAGAUUAGAGAGAUUGUUUCAAAUGUCAGUUCCUUAAAUUUCCUCAAUAGUGCUCCCUCCAAUGAUUCACAUUUCAGUUCCCAAAGCAUCUCCAUAAUACUUGUUUGCUGUUCGAACAUACAAGUAACAAAUCUAGCAGCCCUCCUCUGAAUUGCUUUGAUGUCUUCCCUUAAUCUGACAUGGUGCAGAUCCCAUACACUUGAAUAGUGCUGAACAGUGGGUCACACUCGUGUCCUAUAUACAGUCUCCUUUACAGAUGAGCCAUGUUCUCAAAAAAUUUCCAAAUAAAGUGAAGUUGACCGUUUGCCUUCCUUACUACAGAUCUUACAUGUUCACUCUAUUUCAUAUUACUUUGAAACAGUAUGCCUAGAUAUUUACUCAAUUCGACUGUGUCAAGCAGCACACUUCUAAUACUGUAUUUGAACACUAUGCUUUUUUUUUUGUAGUCACCUGCAUUAACUUAUGUUCUCCCACAUUUAGAGCUAGCUGCCAUUCAUCACACCAGCUAGAAAUUUUAUCUAAGCCAUCCUGUAUUCUCCUACAGUCACUCAAUGAGAAGACAUUCCCAUGGACCACAGCAUCAUCAGCAAAUAGCCACAGACUGCUGCUUUCCCUAUCUGCCAGAUCAUUUGUGUGUUUAGAAAGUAACAGCAGUCCUAUCACACUUCCCUCCGGCACUCAUGCUGAUGAGCACAAUCCAAGUUCAUUACACAAAUUAUAAUGAUUAAUGAAAACCACUUCAUUAAGCAUUAAAAUUAGUGUCAGUUUAGCUGUGAAACUUCCUGGCAGAUUAAAACUGUGCAGAACGGGGACCCGGAUUUGGGACCUUUGUCUUUCGCAGGAGGACCCACACAACAGGAGGGAUUGUGAGUCAUGCUUAAGUGGCUCAGAUGGUAGAGUGCUUGCCCGCUGAAGGCAAAGGUCUCAAGUUUGAGUCUUGGCCCGGAAAACAGUUUUAAUCUGCCAGGAAGUUUCAUAUCAGUGCACACUCUGCUGCAGAGUGGAAAUUUCAUUGCAGUUUAGCUGUGUUCCUUUACAUGAUCAAGACACGUUUAUGGCAGUUUCCCUUUCCUGUUAAGUCAGUUUCUUACCUGGGGUCCUUGUGAGAACUUGUCCUCUGCACUUUUGACUCCUGGUCCAGCACACAAUCUUAAUCUACUAAGUAGUUUGAUGUUGUAUACUAAUUUUGCUUCACUCAUUUGUCUGUCUACAUCCAUUUGUUUGAAUCAGAUGACUUUUCUUAAUAAUGUUGGAGAUAUGCCUUAAAUAAAUUGUAAAACAGCUACCUGUUUAAUAACUAGGUUAAAAUAAUUAAGGUAAAUUUAUGAUGUAAGCUUUAAGGGCAUUAACAUGCUCAGUUUAUUUGAAAGCCACAUUUGGAUAGAGAAGUAGUGGUUAUUACUUAACACCAUAAACUACACCAAUUGACAAUAAACGCUAUUACCUUUCAUUUCUGGUCUGAGUCCUUGUUAUUCUUUACAUACUAACUGGCACUGCUUAGCCUUCCUAAUGGUAUCUCUUGUCUGUUUCAUACAACUUUAUGUAUCUCAUGUUUCACAUGGCCUGUGAGACACCUAAGUAAAAUUCCAAAAGUUCAAAAAUCUGAAAACUGAUUCACUUUAUUGUUGACAUCUAAUUUCUUCAUGUUCAGGAUGCCGGAUAUAAAACAUAGCAGAAGAAGAAAAGUGCAUAGCAUACGUAAUAAAAUUCUCCACAGUUUGUUCGUCUCAGGCUCUCUCUCACUGCAACUGUCGCAGAUUUAAAUUCCUAAGCUCAAGGAAUAAAAGUUUAAUGUGGCUCUAUGUUCUUGUCUCCUCAGACAAAAGAUCACAUUAAAAAAGAUCAUAAUUUAUCUAAAUACAGUUAGUGUACUACUGUUUUGAAAAAAAAAAAAAACACUAUCAUUCCCUCAUGUAAACACUAAAAAAGAAAAGAAUAAGUAUGGAUUACAGGUGAAUCAAGGCAAACCUUCUACAUUAAACAUUUUCAAGAUAUAGCUCAUCUGAAUGCAGUUAUGUAUGUACUCAGUUUUGUAAGUUAUUUCCGUUUUUAAAUUUUUGUUAGCACAAAAAAGUUGUUUUCAGAAAUAUACGAACAAGCACAUUGAGAUAGAAUGCAACUCUGUAAUGAUCUCCUUGUAUUCUUUGAUAUCCUAAGACUGAAUUAUCCCCCCUCCCCCUUUUUCUCUCUGUGUCUACUACUCCUCUCUCUCUCUCUCUCUCUCUCUCUCUCUCUCUCUCUCACACACACACACACACACACACACACACACACACACACACACGCUUACAAAAGGGUGACAGAAAAACUUAAUAGUCUGGAAGCUGUUAACUGUAUUGCAACUAAUGCAUGUAAAUAUCACAGAAAAAAACUGUCCAUACUUCCUAUGUUAAACACAAAAUAAGAGUGCAAGCAUUCCAAACAGGUUAUCAAUAAUCCAUGAUGAUAUCAGAAAAGAACUUGUGGAACAUAUUCAUGCACAUGACUGUCCAGAAUCUAUGGUGGACAUACAUGCUCGAUACUAAUAACAAAGCUUGUUUGUUGUGUUCAAAAAUAGUGUUUCGAGUGUAAAACUGGAAGUCUUUCUUUCAACUUAUACUGCCACAUGCUGUACUUUUCCCUGUGUUGUGAUGUAUUCUGCCAAAUCUUAUUUGAAAAAUUUUGAAAGUCAGCUGACAAUGGAAAUGCUAACAUAAAGCUUUUAUCAAACAUGUAAGGUAAAAGUAUGAUUUCUUGUGACAUGUGAAUGAAGUAAUAAACAAGUACUGAGUGUUGCUACGAUGACUUGGGCAGAAUUAUGAAUUUUUUAUCAGCAGUAAUUUACUCGCACGGAAGUCAUUAUUCAAGUUUACAAGAAUAUCAUACCCAUAAGUUUUGAGCAAAUUCCAGCUUGUCAGUUGACUACUUCUGGUAUUUGUUAAAAAUCAGGUGCUAAAGUCACUUUAUCAGUAUAAGAAAUGUAUAAAUCAGUAAUUAAAUGCAGUUGUGUAAAUGUUGCUGUACAUCCGAUGUUCAAAGAAAUUACUCACUGUGGUAUGAAAACAGAAACAAUCGUAAUGUUGCUGUGGUCUUUCAAAAAAAAUAUAUAUAUAAAAAACUAUAAAAAACAAAAAAAUAAAAAAAACCUAUAUAAAAAGGUGACUAUCUGAAAUGUCAAAAUAGUGUUUCAAUUGUACAAGUAGAUUUUUAUCAGUCAAUAGUAUUUAUCUAUUGUUCAUGUGCCUGGAUUUGUAUUCUUGUGCCAACCAAUAUUGGAGUGUGGAAAAAAUCCCACUACAAAUAUGAUCUCAUAAUCCUAAUGCACUGUGGUACUCACUCCACUCUUUCUAACAGAGUUUUAUAGCCAUAAAACAUUGAAAUAUAGCAAUUAAGUUUUCUGUCAAAAGUGUACACUCAAAAGUAAAAGGAAAGCAGCUAGUGUGCUGUGAACUCACAUCACAAAUAAGCAUGCAAUAAACCUGCUCAAUAUGUUAUGUAUCUGCAUUCGUUUAAUUGUGAGUGCUGUGUUGCCGCACUGUCCCCUUUCCUAAUGGGUAUGGGUCAGAUCAUCACUCAUUAGAGCACACAUUGAUAAGACUCCCCAACUAUUCUACAUCAUCAUAUUAUGUAUUAUAGUUCAAUACUAUUCAAAUUAUUUUUGUUUACCUUCUUUUAAAUGUGUGUAAAUUUGACGUUCUAGUUAAAAAUUGAUAAGCCCAUGUAAGUAGAAAAAAAGAGGCCAAAUACCAGAGUGUUCAACGGUACUACAUGAAACUGUUGCUGUUAGAUUUAUACUUUGUGAUCCAAACAAUGCAGAAAAAUUGUUGAAUUAAAAUCACUUACUAUUUAGUACUAGUGAUAGAUAAUAAAUUUAAAGAAGAUACUUGAAAUUGUGCAAGUAUAAUAUAUGUUUGAGAUUAAGAAACAGUGAUUUCGACUCAAAUUCUCGAGCAUCAAGGUAUAAUGCUUCCUUGCUUUUAAAGGACGUGUAUUUUUUAUGCACAGUGACAUUAUUUUCAAUAAACAAUAUGCUUUUAUUUGAUUUUGGAAAUAACAUAUAUAUUGUUGAAAGAGAAAUUAUUUAAUGAUGUGUUAUUUAAAAACGAAGUGUAACUGCUGUACAAACAUUACCAAAUAAUACAAAGUGUAUGCUGUAUGGGCUGGUUGUA